GAGCAAGAAGAUCAACCGCAACUGCAGAAUCAGUUUCACCAGCAGCAGGAGUUUCAAUGGGAUCGUUAUCACUCCAAUAGUGAACUGAAUGACAUUUUGGAAUCCGUUCAUAAACAGUGUCCCCAAAUAACACGCGUUUAUCAGCUAAGUUCGAGUGAGUCAACCAAAACAAUUGGCGGGAAUGUUUUAACUGUGAUUGAGUUUACAAACCAACCGGGAACUCACAGGCCAGGUAUCCCCGAAUUCAAGUAUAUUGCUAAUAUGCAUGGAAACGAGCCGGUGGGCAGGGAGCUGUUGUUACGCCUCGCAUUUUAUCUGUGUGAAAAGUAUCAAGAUGGAAACUGGGCAGUACGCUGGCUGGUGAACAAUACACGUAUUCACAUCCUUCCCACAAUGAAUCCAGAUGGAUAUGAUAUCAGCGUGAAAGCACCGGACAAGGAAGGGAUGGUUGGACGGCUAAACGGGAACGGUGUGGAUCUCAAUCGAAAUUUCCCUGAUUUGGAUAAAGUGGUUUUCCGCAAUAUGAAGGAUCAAGAUAAACCAAUCGAUCACCUUUACGAUGGUCCAUUAAUUGGUAGUCAGUUUGAAAGAGAAACCUCUAUGAUUAUGCACUGGCUCAGUCAAAUCAAUUUUGUUCUAUCCGCCAACCUGCACGGCGGAGCCCUUGUUGUCAACUUUCCUUACGAUAGCUCGUCGGAUGGAAAAACGGAAAUUCAGCGGACACCUGAUCAUGCGAUUUUUGUUGACCUCGCACGUUCCUAUGCGGAUCGAUCACCAAAAAUGCGAUCGGGUGAGGUCCUGUGUGAUGAUGGGGAUAUAGACUUCGAUCGUGGUAUCGUGAACGGAGCUCAGUGGUAUCCUAUCAAUGGCAGUAUGCAAGACUACAACUAUCUAGCCACAAACGCAUUCGAAGUUACGAUUGAGUUGGGUUGCAAGAAAUUCCCUCCAAAUAGUGAACUUCCGGGCCUCUGGAACGAAAAUAAGGACGCGCUGAUGAAUUUCAUGUUUCAGGUACAUAGGGGAGUGAAAGGAUUGGUCUACGGUUACGAUGGUAAGAAUCUUCUGCCAGUCUCGCAAGCAGUCGUCCGUGUGGUGAAUGUCACCGAUCCAUACAAUUUCCAGGUUAUUACACACAACAUUUGGUCAGGGCCCCAAGGCGAUUUCUAUCGCCUCCUGACUCCAGGACGCUACUGGAUACGCUUUGAAGCACCUGGGUUUGACUCGGCGGCUACAUGCUUCGAAAUCAAUGAUCUGCCUGAAUGGGGCGAUACAAGGCAUCGCCCAGCCAUGGUCCUGAACGCAUUGCUUUUGAAAGGGAACGUCAGUUCGAACGAGCGACUUCACGAUUUGGUAACAGAAAGUGGCAUAAAAUUCGAUGCUGUCUCACGCGCGGCCACCGGGUGCACCGGGUUUAACGGACAACUAACUGACGCUCUAGACGACAUGGAAGCCGACCAUGAUGACGAGCUGGAGGGAGGAAAGUGAGAAGCACAGAUGCGCCACAGAUCCACCUAUAAUGUUUUUCCUUAUAACAUUGCUGUCUUAUCUGAAAUCGUGCAAUUGCAAAAUUUGCAAUAUAUACCAG